AUGGCCGAGGUGUCAGAGUCGGUCAAUCCUUCGGCCGGAAUAGCCAAUCCUCCCAAUUCAGAAACAGAUCAGCCCAUUCUACCUUCUACAGCGACGCCAGCGCCAGCAGAAGAUGCAGAUACCUCACUUCCUGCCUUGGUGGAGUCGUCAACCUCAGUCGCGGUCGAUACGGAGCUGCCUCACAUUGACACAACGCUACCGCAUAUCGAUACGUCUUUGCCACCUAUAGAUACCACGCUGCCUGCCAUCGAGUCGACGAUACCCGCACUGCCGUCUAUCGAUACAUCCAUGCCAACCUUCGACACUACGCUGCCGACGACAGGGUCUGAACACUCGUUCGGCGAACCAAAUCAGCCGUUUCCCGAUGAAGCUCUUAAAUCGUCGGACGCAAUGUCAACUCCGUUUCAAGUGCCUGGUUCUGGAGACGAGCCAAUUCCAGUCCCCGCGGCUACGGGCGACACGGAUCAAUCGAGACAGCAGGGUUCCUAUACACCGGGCUCUCAGCCGCAGUAUUCGCAUUCGCCCGCCCCAAACGGCACGUAUCAGCAGUAUUCGCAGCCCUUACAUCAGCAGCAGUCGCAACAGCCGGCCCAGCAAAACCACGAUAUGUACCACAAUCCCCCGCCGGCCUCUGGACAGAUGAAUGGCCCGCCGAUGCACACGAUGGAUAAUCACUCAGGGCAGGUUCCACAGGCACCGAUCGGCUCGCCCAUGCCCCCCAUGGCAUCCAUGGGUCAGUAUAUGCAGGGCUAUCCGAACAACAUGGCGCAGCCCGGUAUGGCGUCGAACAUGCAGAUGCGCUAUCAGAUCCCGGGAGACCCUAGUAAAUUACUCGCAGGCGGGAGGCACAAGAAGGAAGUCAAGCGCAGAACAAAGACUGGCUGUUUAACAUGUCGAAAGCGAAGAAUCAAGUGUGAUGAGGGGCAUCCUGUCUGCCGAAACUGUGUAAAGAGCAAGCGUGAGUGCUUGGGCUACGACCCUGUCUUUCGCCAACAGCCCACUACACCUUCCGCUAUACAACCAGCUCCCAAUCCCCCCCCGUCGCUGGUCGUCAACCCUCAAGACCCCUCCGCAAAUUACUCGUCGGCUCCUCCGGGGUAUAUGCCCGCUGCGUCGCAGCCGUUUGCACCCUCGCUGCAUUCUGAAUCUCCGGCGCCAUCGACCGAACAGUUUGACUACGGAGGGGCCAUUGAGUCCUCGCUCGACGGAAACAACAGCACUAUUAACAACACUACCAACAACACUAAUACCAACAAUUCCUCAAACAUGGCGAGCCUCCAGAACGUGUCGGGCGGGAAUCUACAGCCCCCCGUGGAUAAUGGAGCUACAGGCACUACCCCCCUGUCCGAUUCUGCUGACCUGGUCGGAUUAGUGAAACAAUGCCGGAUCCACGAUCUCCUUGCACUGAGAGGAAUUGCUCCUCCGCCUCCCCACCCUAUCGUCGCCAUCGCCCAGACUCGUUCGGAGGAGAUCCAAGCCGUCUUCCUCGCGACGUAUGCCCCCGCCAUUGACCGGUUCUUAGAAACGCGCUGGUUUCAGGAAAAGGCUCUUCAUCAUUUAAUGGCAAACUCGCAGCUCGUGGCCGAAUAUUCCGCCUUGAUCGACGCGUUCAACGAUCGCAAUCUGACCGACCCCAACGUCGUUGCGCGCCUGGAAAGCUUCGAGGCCUCGAUCGUCUGGAGCACCAUGGAUAUCUGUCGCCGUGUGCCCAACCUCUUUAACGGGAAUCACGAGCAAGAUCCCGACCAUCUUGCGGCCUCAACCCGACUGGAUGUGAUCGAAGCUCUGAUCACGGGAGAGCAUCUGGACCUGAACCCGUUGGAAGAGCUCGUACACGAGCCGUCAAGCAACCCACCUUCUCUACCGGACCAGUUACAUCAGCGCAUCCUAGACUUCUGGAACUGCAUCGGUCACUUCCUAACUCUCCAUGACAACGAAGCGAGCUCCGGGAAAGAGAUCGACGAUACCUUAGGCCGGUGCCGGACCCUACUAGAUACCUACGAGAAUCGCGACGUGAUCUAUUCCAUCGCCAUCGCGCGGCACCUCGGACAACGUUGGGCCGACUUUCCACGCAGUCUCCCACACCCAAUCACGACCAAUGAGAAGGAUGCGGGUGCGAAGCUUUUCGUGGCGCAGAGGUUCCUCGAGCAGGAGGCAUCAGGUAAAGGUACAACCCAGGUCAUCAAGCGUGUCUGCGGCAUGGUAAUUCGGUCGUGGAUCGUGUCGCGGGAGUAG